AUGACCGUGGCCAAGCGGGGGCUAAUCGCCCCGCAGAAUACCUUCCUCGAGAAUGUCAUCCGCCGCUGCAACAACACCGACACAUGCUUCAUCCUGGCCAACGCCCAAAUCGUCGACUAUCCAAUUGUCUACUGCAACGAUGGCUUCUCGAAGCUUGUCGGCUAUUCCAGAGCAGAGAUUAUGCAGAAGCCGUGCAGCUUGUCAUUCAUGUACGGGGAUCAUUCGGAACAAGCCUGCGUCCAACGGGUCCGUGAAGCACUUGACAAUGCGCGAACUGAUCAAGCCGAAAUUGGACUCACCAAGAAAAAUAAAACUCAAAUCUGGCUUCUCGUCUACAUUGCCCCGAUCAAGAACGACAAGGACAACGUGGUGCUAUAUCUGUGCCAAUGUAAAGACAUCACGCCGUUAAAACAGCCGCUCGACGAUGAAAAUAACAAAGGAUUCUCUCGAAUCCUCCAAAUUGCGCGGAUUGCCAAGUCGAAGCAGGCGUUCAACCAGAUCGAGACGAAGGAUUUACACAAAUCCUCGACCCCAUCCGCCUCCAACUUCACCCAGGUGAUGAACCUGGGCGGGGAUAUGCUGCCACAAUAUAGACAAGAAACGCCGAAAACCUCGCCACAUAUUAUUCUACAUUAUUCGACAUUUAAGACAAUCUGGGACUGGUCAAUCCUAUUGCUCACUCUGUAUACAGCAUUUGUCGUCCCCUUCAACAUCGCCUUCAAAAAUCGCUUCGGGGCCCGAAAUGAGAGCUGGCUGGAGACAUCUGAAUUCCCGAUUUUCAGCGGUGCGACGACGUCAGGGAUUGAUACCCUGGCGCUGGUAGAUUCUAUCGUUGACGUCAUCUUUUUCGCUGAUAUUUUAUUGAAUUUUCAUACGACUUUUGUGGGCCCUGGGGGCGAGGUCGUCAUCGAGCCGUCUGUAAUCCGACAAAACUAUUUUAAAUCCUGGUUUUUAAUAGACCUAUUAUCUUGCCUACCCUAUGAUAUAUUUUAUAUGUUUAAAAAGGAUGACGAGCGAAUCGGCAGCCUAUUCUCAGCAUUGAAAGUAGUUCGAUUGCUGCGGCUAGGGCGGGUAGCGAGAAAAAUGGACAAUUAUCUGGAGUACGGGGCGGCGACGCUGUUGCUACUGCUGUGCGCCUAUGUAUUAGUGGCCCAUUGGUUGGCCUGUAUAUGGUUUAGUAUUGGAGAAUAUGAAGUACGAGUCAAGUUUGAAAAUCCGACAUUCCCCGACGGGUGGCUGCUGAAAUUGUCUCGAGACCUGAACGCACCAUUUGGAAACGGGUCGACAAAGACGAGGAUAUUGGGCGGACCGACAAAAUGGAAUUGUUAUGUGGCUUCUCUAUAUUUUACAAUGAGCUGCAUGUCAACCGUUGGAUUUGGAAAUAUUGCCAGCACAACAGAUAGUGAAAAGGCUUUUGCGGUAUGUAUGAUGAUAAUCUCUGCAUUACUGUAUGCAGCGAUUUUUGGUCACAUGACGACAAUUAUUCAGCAGAUGACCUCAGCUACUGUCAGAUACCACGACAUGAUUGCAAACGUCCGAGAAUUUAUUAAAUUGCAAGAAGUUCCGAAAGAAUUAGCAGAGCGGGUGAUGGAUUAUGUAGUCUCGACCUGGGCAAUGACGAAGGGCAUUGAUACGCAAAAAGUGCUCAGCUACUGCCCAAAAGAUAUGAAAGCCGACAUAUGUGUGCAUUUAAAUCGAAAAGUUUUUAACGAGCAUUCGUGCUUUCGGUUAGCAUCUGAUGGAUGUCUCCGGCAGCUGGCUAUGCAUCUUGAGAGCAACCACGCGGCGCCCGGUGAUCUCCUCUACCAUACCGGGGAGAACGUCGAUGCGUUGUGGUUUGUAGUCUCCGGCUCGCUUGAAGUAAUUCAGGACGAAGAAGUUGUCGCCAUUUUGGGUCGUGGCGACGUCUUCGGCGAUGAAUUCUGGAAGUUGAGCGGCAAAACGGGGCAGAGCGCAGCCAAUGUCCGAGCUCUCACCUACACCGAUUUGCAUAUGAUAAAACAGGAAAAAUUAAUGGAGGUGCUCGAUUUUUACAAAGCGUUCGCCAACUCAUUCGCGAGAAAUCUUGUGCUCACCUAUAAUCUGACACAUCGGAUGAAAUUCCGAAAAGUGGUUGACGUCAAACGAGAAAAAGAACUUGACGCAAGAAGGAAAAACGAAAAACUAACCCUGGAUCCGGAACAUCCGGUCCGAAAACUGUUGUAUCGGAUGCGGGAACGACACGGACCCCGGAUACAGCCUACUACUAUUUUUAAUGAUAUAGAAAAGGGUUACACAAGACGGGCUGACGUCAAUAGAGUUUCAUCCGUACAUUCAAUGGUGGAUGAGACUAAUAUGUUGAAGUCUGACUACGAUCCCAAAAAAUCUCCCCGUAGUCGGCGACGGCAUACACUCCAAAAACGACAAACUGUUGAUGAAGAUGCUCUAAGCAGAAGCGCUAAUUGGAGUGAAGCCAGUGGUCCAUCACCAGGUCUCAAAAAUAGAGAAUGGAGCUCGAUGGCGCAGUUGAGAAGUGAUGUCAAUAAUCGGUUAAACGAGCUGAAUGAGAAGAUGGUCACUGUCGAUUUGAUAUUGCAGAGGAUGUCGAAUCUGGAGCGGAUAUUGUUAUCGCCGCAGGGAAGAGAUUUAGCUGGCACUCCCUCAACACUGCCCGCCAGCUCAUUCCAAGGAGGUCUAAAUGGAUCGUAUCUUGCCUCCCCGGCCAACCUCGUUCAAAGGAGCGUCAGCUGGAGUGAGCAACAACCCGGUUGGGCUCCACCUGGCCCGUCACAACCGCAGGUACCACCGCUCGGCGAGCUCAGAAGUUCGAACUGGGAUACAGAAGAUUCGUCCUACAACCCCGAUCAGGUGCCAACGAUCCACAUCGAUACAGAUACUGAACGAUCACCCAGCCAGCCACCUCAACGGCCACGAAUU